AUACAAAUUAUUCAUGAGGCUUGCAAAAAGGAAUUCGUGUAGGAGUCGUGUUGAAUGACAGCAAUGGCCGCAAACGUGUCUGAGUCGAUUUAUUGUGGCUCUGGUGUGGACAAUUUUCACACGAGCUACAAACACUGGCAUGGUUAUGUUUCCUUAGUGGUUUGUAUACUAGGCACAAUUGCCAAUACACUGAAUAUUAUUGUGUUAUCGGGACGUGAUAUGCGCUCACCUACAAACGCCAUACUUACAGGCCUAGCAGUAGCCGAUCUGGCAGUCAUGAUUGAGUACAUGCCUUAUACAAUACAUGAUUAUAUAUUAGGCGAUCGUUUGCCACGUGAGCAACAAGUUAGUUUCGCUUGGGCGUGUUUCGUCAAAUUUCAUUCAAUCUUUGCACAAGUCUUGCAUACUAUUUCAAUCUGGCUCACAGUCACCUUGGCUGUCUGGCGUUAUAUAGCUGUCGGUUAUCCGCAGAAAAAUCGCGUAUGGUGCGGCAUGCGCACCACACUAAUAACAAUUAUAACAGCAUACAUCGUUUGCCUGUUGGUGGUGUCACCGUCAUUAUACAUAAUAACCGCCAUAGCUGAAUUUCUCGAAAAGUUAGAUAUACAUGGCAAAACAAUCGAUUCAAUACCGCUGAGCCAAUAUGUGAUAGACUUUAAAGCAGAGAUGGCAAACAAAACAAAAUCGGAAGCUGUAAUCGCUGCCAGCACAGCAUCCACGGGCAACGUUAGUAAGCUAUUAAUGAUUACAGAUACCAACAUUAUAACAACUGCUUCAGAUAUUAUAAGCACAACAACUACAGCGACUUUAGCUGCUAUUUCCGAUAUGAGCACUACAAUUGGGGCAGCGACUACAACAGAAACCUCUCCAACUAGUGCAGUAUACAGAGAAGUAAUCGUUUAUCGCCUGUUUCACAGUGAUUUGGCUUUACGAAAUAAAUGGGUGCUAAAUGCUACAUUUCUUAUAUAUAGCGUGCUAAUUAAAUUGAUACCCUGUAUAGCAUUGACUAUUUUCUCAGUGCGUUUAAUUGCCGCCCUUUUGGAGGCAAAACGACGACGGAAGAAGUUGACUAGCAAUUCUGCAAAUGGUAUGAAACCGAUUGUUAAUGGCAAAACAGUGGAACGACCACGUAAAAACAGCAGAACUCUGGAGAAGGAGAAGCAAACUGAUCGUACCACACGUAUGUUGUUGGCUGUAUUACUGCUAUUUUUGAUCACUGAGUUUCCGCAGGGUAUAAUGGGAUUAUUAAACACAGUACUAGGUGAUCAAUUUUAUUCGGAAUGCUAUCUUAAACUAAGUGACCUGAUGGAUAUUCUGGCGCUCAUCAAUUCAAGCAUCAAUUUCAUACUUUACUGCUCGAUGAGCAAGCAAUUUCGAACGACAUUUACGUUACUGUUUCGUCCUAAAUUCCUUGAUAAGUGGUUGCCAGUGGCGCAAGAUGAAGAUGGCGUUGGCGGUCGAGGAGGUCGUGUGCAUGCUGAUAUGGCCAGCAAAAGUGCAGCUGUAGAGCAGCAAUAUAUGGUGACACAAGUAACGAAUGUGUAGCAGAGGAGUCAACGUUGCUAUUCAGCGCCCGAAGAGACCAGCGUCGUUGUCGGUGGAGUUUGUGGCUUUAUAGGUAGCUGCAAAAGCACUGGCACUGGCAAUGGUAGUGGCAGUGGCGCUAUACAACGGCAAUGUCAAGGACGUGUUAGUAGUACGAAUAGCAACAGUUAUAGUUUGUUAAGUUGUAUUUUAUGUAAUCUUAAGCGAAAGUCGAGAAAACAACAACAGCCACAGCUGCAACAACAACAACAGCCACAUCAACAACAACAACAACAACAGUUGCCAUUUCAAAGUGUUGUCGUUGUGGUUGGUGAGAGUGUAGACCAUCAGCUGCAGCAACAAUUAGAACAACAUACAAUACAUAACACUGGUAGCAGCAACGUGCCAGUGGGUGUUCAUGUGGGUGAUAAUGUGGUCGAUGCACCAUCCUUUCUGUAAUGCACGCAAAGAGUUGACAAUUACUUGUAGUCUGUCCUGUGACUCAAGGGUUUAAGUACUUUAAAGGAUUUAGCUUUUGAUAUAACAAUUUUAAUUUAAUGUGAAUUUUAUUAGAAAUUAAUUUGGUUACAGAUAUUUAAUUAAAUCUUAAGUGGUUCGAUGUGUUUUCUCUUUCAAUUAAGUGCGGCUCGUCGUUAGGAUAAACAGAAAAUUCAAGUAUUGAAAUUAUUUGAGAU